AUGGAUAAACUCGUCCGCGAACGGAAAUCUCUUGAGCCCCGGUUGAAACGUAUUUCGGAUGCAGUGGCGAAGAUUAAACCAGAAGAGGCUGAAGAAAUAGACGUGCAAAGUGAGCUCGAUGCAUUGUAUGAAGUAUGGGCGGCAUAUUGUGCUGUACAUAAGAAGAUUUUGGACGUUUGUGAUGGUGAUGACGCUUAUAAUGACGCAGUACAUCGGCAAAGCCAAUUCGAAGGGUGCUAUAUCGCACAGAAGAACCGUUUAUUGAAGCUAUUGAAAGUAAUUAAAGAACGCGAAAACGUGCCGAAUUCACUUUCCCCUCAGCAUGACGUCAUCAAGCAGUUAGCUGACCAGCAAGCGGAAUUUCUGCAAAUAAUGUCUUCCAACAUGGCCACCUCGUCUACCUCGCCUGCCUCGUCUGCUGUCGUGCCUAACCACGCCGCUUUGCCGCCUCUUUCGGACCUCAAGUUGCCCCGGAUGAACAUGCCUGUCUUCAGCGGUAAUUAUCUCGAGUGGCAAUCAUUUUUCGAUCUGUUCUACAGCAUGGUAGACCAAAACCCAUUGCUGAAGGACAGUCAGAAAUUGUACUACCUAAAAACCAACCUUGCGGGAGAGGCUGCUUCUUUGGUUUCGCAUCUGAAAAUCGAAGAUGCCAACUACCGAUUGGCUCUAGAGAAGCUGAAAUCGAGGUACGACAAGCUUCGAGAGAUUGCCCAUCAGCAUAUAAAGCGAUUCCUUUCCCAGCCAACGCUGACAUCGCCCUCGGCACAUGGAUUGCGAUCACUUCAUGAUGUGUCAGAUGAGGUUAUUCGGGCACUGAAAGCACUGAAUAAAGAAGACCGCGACACUUGGCUCUUGUUCAUAUUAAGUGAAAAGGUGGACCCGGACACCAAACAAUUGUGGUGUCAGAAAAUGGCGGAAAUGGAUGAAGUCAACAUCAAUCUGCCGUGCUUCUUGAAGUUCAUCGAGUCUCGCAGCUUUGCUCUCCAGUCAGCCCAGACUUCCCGACCGAAGGCAAGUGUUCCCUUCAAACCACCUUCCAAGGCGCCCUUUCCAAUCAGAGGCGCUUCCGCAUUCGUCGCCACGAAUUCGUCGUUCUGCGAUGUGUGCCAUAAACAGAAACAUCAACUCUACCAAUGUGGAGGAUUCCACCUGCGGAAAUGGGCUUCCAACAGUGCAACAGUGUUAGAAGAAGUUCCUGAUGAAGAUCGAGAAGUGAAAAUUCCUAUAGUGGACAACGGAAGCAGUACCAUCAAGGCACUCGGUAUGCAAUGGCAGCCGUGCAGUGACGAGCUCCACUUCACUUAUCAGCUAACCGAGAUCCUUCAGCCCACAAAGCGAAUAAUACUAUCGCAAAUUGCCAGCUUAUUUGAUCCCCUCGGCCUUCUCUCUCCGAUCAUCAUUCCCCGAAAUGUUAUCGACAUGAGAAACUGGACUCGUCUCUACCUGCACGGCUACUGCGACGCAUCCGAGGUGGCAAUGGGCGCCUGUGUCUACAUUCGAGCCGUGGACGAUGAUGGCAAUACUUCCUCCCAUCUACUCUACGCUAAAUCCAAGCUGGCACCUAUAGGCAACGGCAAAACAACCACACCUCGGCUGGAGUUAUGUGCAGCUGUUAUUCUCGCCAGGCUGAUCUCCAACGUAAAAGAUGCUCUUUCCACGACGACAUUCCAUGAGAUUCGUGCUUUCUCCGAUUCGAAAGUUGUACUGGCAUGGCGCCGGUGGCGCGGCAAGGUGGAAGACCUUCGUCGCUAA